AUUGCAACCUCUCCCAUUCUCCAUUGGAGCGGAGCGGAAGAAAUGGGGAUUCAGGAUUUGAUCAGUCCCACCGCCAAUUCACUGAGACGGAAGUCCGUCGGUCUCGUGAAGCAAGCAUGGGCAGUAGCUUCUCGCGCCUUCGGAUCUGCAGCCAUGGUUCGUUAUAUGCCCGAUGAUGAAACUCGUGCAAAGGCCGUCGUCUUCUCCAGUAAAUUCGCCAGAAAUGCCGUCGUUUAUGCUGUUAAGAAUGCCUACACAUGGAUCCCUGGUGGAAAGGCAGUACUUGACAUAUAUUCGAAAACUAUGCGCGAAAUCAAAUCUGAAGAAUAUGAUAAAGACGAAGAGGAUAGAGUCUCGGAACACGAUUCUAGUUCCUCUGAGAAAGCCGAUUCAAGCGGGCCUGUGAGAUCUCUCGAUGUUGACUCGCAUGUCACGACUCGAAAACCAGAAGAUGAGCUGAUGAUCUCGCCGCCGCCUGAGAAAAAAAGAGUCAGGAAGCUAGGCGGCAGGAAAUUGCGGUCCAAACUAUGAGAACAGCCCACCUUAAAAGCAUCUUUAAUGGCAAUGGCACCAUGGAUUGAUGAAAAAUGCAUUAUCACAUCACAUUGAGAUAAAAUUAUCUCUCUAACGGAAAUAUGGACAAUGAAUGCCGUGCUGAUUUGGAAUGGAAAACAAUCGAUCCUGUCUAGUCUCUCUAUCGACUUUCAAGAGGCGUGUCUAACAGGUUCAUUCAGCAAAUCACUUACUACGUACUAUUUCAUAGUAAUUUUUUGCCGUAAUUGCAAAUAUUACUUCCCUUCCGCCUAUGCAAUACUGGGAUGUAGAGGCAGUACAUCAGUAGUAACCAAACGAGACAAGCCGACAACUAACGUCCACUAUCUCGCAGCCCCCGGUGAUGCGGCGGACAGAAAACCGUGGGGAAUCGAAUUGAAUAGAGGGAGCAUAUGUACAGGAGGCUGAAGCCCGUACUAGGGGAGCAACUUAGAAAUUUUUCAAUUGUAAAAUUUUUCAUUUUUCAUAUUUAGUCUGCCCUGCUAAUAUUCAAGCUAGUAUAAUUCCUAUUCAGCUCAGGACAUCUCAUAUCCUGGAUCCGCCCCUGGAAUUGAAUGAACACUCUUGAAGCAGCAGGAGGGUCAAAGGUGUAGAAUCCGUUAAUAGCUUGAAGUCUUGUACAUUUGAACUCUUCACUAAAUAUCUAUCUAACCUCUAUUAUUAUAUAUGUAUAAUCUGGGGCGGAUCUAGCAUUAGCAUUCAGGUG